CAAAGCUGAAAACUUUUUUCUGCUGAACUGGGGGAGGGGUUUUUAUUCUCACCACACCCCCACCCCCCAACCCCGAGAAAGAAUGAGAAGGAAAUCACAACUGCCCAUUCGCCGAGGGAAGCUGUUGGUGACCUGGACCCGUUUUGCGCGGACAUGGGGAGCAAGGGGCUGCAGUUGAGCAGAACCACUUCGGCCGGUUACCGUCUGGCAGAGAGACCGAAUGCUGGGAACCUCCCCGGCCACAGUAAAGCGGCGACGGGCAGCCGAUCACCGUGGAGGAGCCCUUUCCUGGGCACAGUGCAGCAAGACCAGGUGUGGAGGGAGUUCAUCCGAGCUGAAUGGCAGGGACUCAAAGAAUGGGAAAAGAAAUGGAGCUUUCUGAAAGAUUAUGAUGACAAGGGAAGACCAAAAGUACAGGAACCACUGCCUGAAUACAUCCCUGUGUUCUCCGACAAAGUUCCAAAUACCACAAACCAGACAUUUGGCAGUAGAAUAGACUCCCAGCAUGGUCAGGCAAUAAUAAGGAUGGACUAUGGGCUUCAGAAAGAAAACCGAAAGAAAAAGCUGGAUAAUGAGCUUAUCCUGUGUUAAACAAGGGAAAGUAACAUUUCAUGAAACAGAUACUUGCUCAGGGGAAUAAUUAACUGAUCACGUUAAAACAGAGAAAUUGAAGACUUAGGCCCCAAAACAUUAAUUUGGAGGCUGGGAGGGCUCUGUUCGAGUUGGGGAGGAAUGGUUGGGGGAGAUUGCUUGGAGAGGUGGCUUUAUGGUCAAGGAACUCAAAGCAGCUCUUAAGAUCGUGUCGGUAUUAUCGGCAGCACCUCACUGGGACAGAUUGAAAGGCUAGGAAGGCUAAUGAGAAUGGUUAUAGCCUGGUCCCAUGGGCAGUGGGACAAAGGAGGAAGGGGUUCAGGGAUCACGUGGCAGUGAGAGGGGAAGAGGAUGCUAACAACAUCAGGGCUUGGGGGUACUCCAGCAUUAGGAUCUUAAACUCUGGUGAGGAGGUUUAGCCGUACUCACAUUCAUGGUGGUGUAGGCAAAAACAUAGAGGGCAGCGUGAGAAGGAACAGAACCAUGAGCUGGAUCAGAAGCACUCAGUGGGGUGUUGCAGGCACACAGGGAUUAGAGACUUCAAUGGUGCUGGGAGCAGGAGGAGAGAUUAGAAGCAUCUGGCUAGUAGUGGGAGGAGGUUAAUUUCAAUUGUUGAAUUUAAUUCCUUUCAUAUUCUGCACCUCACCAUCUGUAACAUUUGUACCGUUUUCAACCUCUACAAAUUCUUUGUGGCUUUGAACAUAGCCUGUUGUGCACCGUACCUUUUCAUCCUAUCAUUGGUGAUUAUGCCUUUGAUCUCUGGAUCCUGGGUUUAAAUUCAUCCCAAACUGCAUGUGUUUAAUGUGACAUAUGUCUAACAGAUACAAUCCAGGCUUAACAGUCUUACAUCUUAAUAAAUUAAACAGCUCCUAAUUAGUGUUGACAGUGUCAUUCAGAGGGGUCUAAAGAUGUGAAAUACUAAAAUAAUCUCUUAAAGUUGUGCUAUUCGUAGAUUAGAACAGAGACAUUUUAUUGAGUGAAAUCGGUUGCACUGAAUCUGGGAGUAUUCAAAAUGAAUACAGGAUACUCGACAAUGAUUCCCAGUCCGAAUAUUUUCCAGUUUGAGUGCAAAACAUUGUCAAUACCUUCAAACUAUUGUUGUUCCUAUAGAAAACCAUCAGCCAGGAGCCUCUCAGACUUCCCCCCCAUAGUAUAAAGCAACAUCCCCCAUCCAGGUACAAUGACCAUUGAUAACCCGGCCUUUGGUCUACCCUGCAUCCGAGUCCUGAUGUAUCCACUUAUUGUAAAUGUUAGCAAAGGACUUGUGACUAAUACCAGGAAAUCAAACUGCUUCCUGGGCCAUAGCAAAGCCAACUGCAGCAAAUGAAGAAGAACCUGACCUGGGUUGGCUACUUUCUGAGAAUCUCUUAGUAUUGAGUGAUCGGGCAUCUUUAACAAUAUUUUAUACUCGUUUGAGAGAUGGAAAUGCUUUUUCUUAUUGCAGCGAAAUGGCUUUCCUGUGAGCAUUUCUGCAUUUUUGUGUUGCUGUCACACUAACACUGAAUUAGUUUGUGCUGGAAUUUCCCAGUAACUGUCAACUUUCUAUGUACUGAAUCCAAAAAUCCCAAUAAUAAAUUUUGCAAAUGUGUUAAAUAAAUAAACCCCGCCCACGG